AUGCUGUUCAUGCAAGAUGCAAUUGUGGCUCGUGAACUUGCAUAUUCUAUCAGUGAGGGUGAUAUUGGACGUGCUUAUGAGUGUAUAAAGAUUAUGUUAUUUACAUUUGCAGGGUCUACACAUACAAAGUAUGCUACUUACCUGCUUAAGAUGAUCUGCAACCUUGAGCUGGAAUGCUCACCCGAGUUGAAGGAUGCCAUCUUGUCAAACUGGCUCGUAAACCUUGAAGGACUACCCAAGCAUAAUGAUGUUGAAUGGGAUGGCCCUUUGAUGUGUAGCACCAUAUCACGGAAUGUUGCAGAGUUCAGUCGGAUCAAGAAAGACUUGCUAGAAGGCCUUGGUCUUGCGCAGAAAAGUGGGAAACAUCCCAAACCGCAUGACCAACCAGAGAUCAAGACCUUGCUGCGAACUUACCAGGAGGAAGAGCUGUAUCUUUUCCACUCUGGGCGCAAAUAUAGUGGGCUAGAUAUCAGCGACUUUGCUAGGGGCAUUAACAAACUAUGCAUGGGAAAACUAGAGAAGUGGAUAAGGGAGACAACUACUGCACAUGGAAUGUUUGAAAGCCAUCAAGCCAGCCAUUUACAAAGGAAGAGUCACAGCGAGGAGGAAGUACCCGAAGACUCUGAUACAAGCAAUUAUGAUGGGAGCAAGGAAGAAAGGGGCAAAGAUGAACAUAACAACAACAACAACAAAACUGAAAACAUGAAUAUGUACUUCAACAGUCCUAAUACCCCAGGAUUACGCCUUUUCAAGGACGGGGAGCUGAUGGUUGAAUUUGAUGCUGUUGACAAUAACUCUUCUGAUGACAGCUGGGCCAGUGAAGCUGCAGAUGAGGGCAGUGAUAGAGGGGAGGACUGA